CAUGCCCUCCCCCAGCGACUCGAGCCGCUCGCUGACCGGCCGCAGCUCCCGCAGCCUCACCCACCUCCGCCUCCAGCGCGCCUGGCUGCAGGUCCUGCUCGUCCUGGGGCUCGUGCAAGCCGUGCUGGGCGUCCUCAUCGUCACCUUCAGCCUGGUGGCGGCCACCAUCACUCCCUCCACCAAAAUCCGGCACUCCUGCCCGUCCUGGGCCGGCUUCUCGCUGGCACUGUCCGGGCUGGUCGGCAUCGUCUCCUGGAAGCGGCCGCUCACCCUGGUGAUCGCCUUCUUCACGCUGCUCUCGGUGCUGGCCGUCAUGCUGAGCCUCGCCGGCUCCAUCCUGUCGUGCCAGAACGCGCAGCUGGUGAAGACCCUGGAGGCCUGCGAGAGGGAGAGGGACACGUGUGUCUGCUGCCAGGCCCGCUCGGAGCCCCCGCCCGCCUCCUGCAGCCAGCAGAGCGAGCAGCUCACCAUGUUCCCCAACGCCAACUGCCGGAGCAUCCGUGUGGCGCUCAAGGAUCUCCUCUUCAGUGUCUGUGGCUUGACCAUCUUCUCCACCGUCAUCUGCAUGCUCUCUGCUGUCGUGUGCUGCAUCCAGAUCUUCUCCCUUGACAUCGUCCAUGUGCUGGUCCCACAGCGCUCCAGCUCUGUGACGUUGGAAUGCACGUCCCCACCUGACACCUUCCUGCAGAGCAUGAUGGACUUCGAGGAGUUUGUGCCCCCAGUGCCACCACCCCCCUACUACCCACCUGAGUACACCUGCAGCUCCGAGACGGAUGCACAGAGCAUCACCUACAACGGCUCCAUGGACAGCCCCGUGCCCCUCUACCCAACCGAUUUCCCCCCAUCCUACGAGACUGUGAUGGGGCUGCGGGGAGACAGCCAGGCCACCCUGUUCGACUCGCAGCUGACAGAGGGCUCCCACGCCUGCACCUGUGACCGCGUCCCCUCCAUCGUGCUCAGCGGGGAAGUCUCCAUGGACAGCGGCUCCCUGAUCAUGUCGGAGAUCAUGGACAUCCCCGGGGACAGCAGCCCCUCGGAGGACUCGUGCCUGCUGGAGCUGCAGGGCUCCAUGCGCUCCGUGGAUUACGUCCUGUUCCGCUCCAUCCAGCGCAGCCGCGCCGAUUACUGCCUGAGCGUGGACUGCGUGCAGUGCAGCCACCACGCCCGCAGCCCCACGCUGGCCCUGCAGGGCCCCUUCGAGGAGAUGCCCCAGCCCCGAGUGCGGGGCGAGCGCUCCUAUUCGUGCUCCACCGCCGAGCCCGGCCCCGACGGCGGCGGCGUCCUGGUGGGGGGAGCCGUGACCCACAGCUGCAACCGGCUGGUGGGGCCCGUGCGCUGUGCCGGGCCCUGCUUCCCCGAGGUGCGCCUCAAGGACAAGGGCUCCUCGCUGCAGGGACGCGGGGGUGGCCGCCACACGGACAGCGCCACCGCCGGCCGCCCCCGGCGCAACAGCGAGACCUCGUGCCCUUCGUCCCCGGCCCCGGGGAUGGCCCCGCGCCCGCUGCUGAGGUCGCACAGUGACCCCGGUGUCCCCAUGGCCGGCCGUGCUGCAGAUUUCAGGGAAGUACUUUAUACCAAAGCACUGGAGGACACCGUGUCCGACUCCUCCGCUGAUACAGGGCUGUGCUCCGAGGCCUGCCUGCUCCACCGUUCCCACUGUGAUUCCCCGCCGCUGCUGCGGGCUGGCUCCGUGGGGAAGAACAAGCUGCCACCCUCCAAGAAGGUGCCACAGCAGCUGUCCAAGACGGCCACCCGCUCCCUGGGGGACCUCAAGGGCUACCGGGGCACCCGUGGGCUGGUGGCCAGGUUCCUGCAGAGACCCAAGCGCAGCGUGGAGGUGUCUGGGCACAGCUUCCACGGGCACAAACAGGUUCCCUGGAGUGCCUGGCCGGCUGCAGAGCGGCCCCACGAAGGGAUCCACCUGCAGAGCUGCGGGGACCUGAGCUCCACGUCGUCCCUGCGGCGGCUCCUGUCCUCGCGCCGCCUGGAGCGCGGCCGCCCGCGGAGCCUCAGCGGCGCCUGCAAGGAGAGCGCGCUCUGAGGGCACGGCCUGGCACGGACCCUCUGCUCCGGGGAGGGAAUCCUGCUCUGGGCUCAGCCCUGGACAUUGCUGGGACAUUGCUGCUGCUGCCCUGGUGGGGCUGGGCCCUGCCCUGCUGCCCCGGGCGUUUGGCUGAGCCCCUUCCCCGAGCAGGGCUGGGGUUGGGGGCUGGUCCCCUGGGGUGUCUGUGGGGAGCCAGGACAGCUGUGCCUGUCCCCAUCUGCCUGUCUGGGAUGGUUAUGCCUGUUCCUUGUCCUGUUCCUUCUUCUGGGCAUGCCUGUCCCUUGCCCUGUCCCUUGUGCCAGCUGUGCCUAUUCCCUGGGAUGGCCACGCCUGUCCCCUGCCCUGUCCCAUGUCGUGGCUGUGCCUGACGCACGCACUGGCCAUCCCCUGUCCCUCGUGCCAGCUGUGCCUGUAGCCUGGCAUGGCCGUGCCUGUCCCCUGCCCUGGCCAUGCUGUCUCUUUGGCUGGCUAUGCUGGCUUGAUCCCCGGUCCCUUGUGCCAGCCAUGCCUGUCCCCUGUCCCCUCCACUGGCCGUGCCUGUCUUCUGCCUUGUUCUUUUGGCUGGCCAUGCUGGCUUCAUCCUCAAUCCCCUGUGCCAGCCGUGCCAGUCCUCCAGGACGACCUUGCCUGUCCCCAGUGCUGGCCCGGUCCCUGGCCUCCUGUGCCAGCGUACCCCGGAACUGCCACGCCUGUCCCUUGCUCUGUCCCCUGUCUCCAGGCCCUCCGCCCCGUUCGGUGCCGGUGCCGGUGCUGGCCGUGCCCGUUCCUCCCCGCCCGGCUGCGCCCGGGCCGCGCUGCGGGGCCGCUCC